AUGCAUGGUCACAAGGAGCGGCGUCCGCUGAUUCAUCAGAGAGUUCACACUGGAGAGAAUCUACACAGCUGUGAUCAAUGUGGGGCAGCUUUCACACUACAGUGUAACCUAAAAAAACAUCAACGCAUUCACACAGGAGAGAAGCCGUACAGCUGUGAUCAAUGCAGGGCAGCUUUCAAACAACAGAGUCACCUAAAAAUCCAUCAACGCAUUCACACUGGAGAGAAGCCGUACAGCUGUGAUCAAUGUGGGGCAGCUUUCGCACAUCACAGUACCCUAAAAAGACAUAAACGCAUUCACACUGGAGAGAAGCCGUACAGCUGUGAUCUAUGUGGGGCAGCCUUCGCACGCCAGAGUAUCCUACAAAGACAUCAACGCAUUCACACUGAAGAGAAGCCGUACAGCUGUGAUCAAUGUGACAAAACUUUCAUCAUUCAAGGAGAAGUUGUAAGCCACCGACGUGUUCACACUGGAGAGAAGCCUUACUGGUGUGGACAAUGUGGAAAAACUUUUUCUCAGAGUUAUAACCUUAAAUAUCAGCAGCGCAUUCACACUGCCUCGUAUGCGGCUGUUAACCGGGGCGGACUGUCCUCAGUGUUCCCCAACCGCGCGUCGCAUCGCCAGGGCGGGGAUAAAAAGGUGAUGUCGGCAAGUCCCCCAGACCCGCCUCAGAGAGUUCACACUGGAGAGAAUCUACACAGCUGUGAUCAAUGUGGGGCAGCUUUCACACGACAGAGUCACCUGAAAAACCAUCAACGCAUUCACACUGGAGAGAAGCCGUACAGCUGUGAUCAAUGUGGGGCAGCGUUCACGCAACAGAUUAACCUAAAAAGACAUCAACGCAUUCAUACUGGAGAGAAGCCGUACAGCUGUGAACAAUGUGGGAAAACUUUUACUAGGAGUGGUAGCCUAGAAAUCCACCGACGUUUUCACACUGGAGAGAAGCCGUACAGCUGUGAUCAAUGUGGAAAAACUUUUUCUGAGAGUGGUACCCUUAAGACACAUCAACGCAUUCACACUGGAGAUAAACCUUACAGCUGUGAUUUUUGUCGGAAAACCUUUUCUCAGAGUAGUAGCCUUAAAAACCACCGACGUGUUCACACUGGAGAGAAGCCGUACUGGUGUGAACAAUGUGGGAAAACUUUUUCUCACAGUAGUCACCUUAAAUAUCACCAGCGCGUUCACACUGCCUCGUAGUGAACAUGUUUCCGAGCCAAGCUGUUUCCUCCUGCCUCCUCCAUAUGCCCUGAUAGCUGAGUUGUUAUAUUCUGAUCUUCUCUCCACAUUGAAGGCUGACCA